GUCUCUCUCUCUCUCUCUCUCCGGUCCACACACCUCAGUGUCAGUGUCUUCACUGAGCCUCACAUCUGUGUCCGGCAGCUGCUACCAUGACUCUGCUGUCCACAGAAAAUACCGCAGUCUCCCUCAGACUGUUAAUUUGAUAGCGUGACAUUAAAUCAGCUGGGAAUGGAGGGUCACGGGAGUCAGCUGGCCGAGGAGGAACUCCUGAACCUGGGGAAGGAGGAUCUGAUCCGGAGGCUGCGGAGGCUGGAGAGCCGCAACAUGGAGCUGAUGCUGGAACACGGACACUUGAUGAAGGAGGUGAACCGGAGUCUGCAGGUCCACCUGCAUGAGAUCCGCAGUCUGAAAGAGGUCAACCAGAAACUUCAGGACGACAACCAGGAACUGAGGGAGCUGUGCUGCUUCCUGGACGACGACCGACAGAAGGACAGAAAGGUGUCCCGGGAGUGGCAGCGCUUCGGCCGCUACACGGCUAGCGUCUUGUGGAAGGAACUGGGACUGUACCAACAGAAGCUGCGGGAGCUGGAGCUCAGUCAGGAGGCGCUGAGGGCGGAGAACGUGGAGCUGAAGGACAUCGUCCUCAUGCUGGAUGAGGAGAGGAGCGGAGCCGGAUCCCGGAACUCAAUCGACAGCCAGUCCAGCCUGCAGGGCCAGCUGAGCGGCUCGGUGUCAGUUCGGGACGUCGGGGAUGGAAGUAGCACGUCCAGUACCGGGAGCGCUGGUAGUCCAGACCAUCAACCCCACAACCAGUCACAGAAAACAGCAUCUCUGAGAAGAUCAAUGGAAGAUCUGUCUGCGGCUUACCUGCAAAGAGAUGCAUCAUCUGGCUACAUCACACAGCUGGAGAACAAGGUGAGGAUGCUGGAGGGUGAAAAUCAAUGGCUGCUGUCACAGGAGGUAUUAAAUGACAUCCAGGGUGUUUGGAAUGCUCACCGUAUAAGACCCUCCAAAAACACCAACGUGCCCAGUGGGAUACCUAAUGUCAUGUACAUCAUCUUUGGGGUGCAGAAGACAGUCUUGUUCCGCUGACUGAAGAUGUGACCUCAUGUAAAGACAGCUGCACAUUUGUCAGUUCAGUCCCAUGUGAUGUGGACAUGUUUGAUUUGUGCACAAUAGUAAUGGAGGAAUCGAGCUCGGAGUUCCUAUCGACCAUGUUCCAGGCACUUGAUUUAUAUUUCCAUCUGAGGGACAUGGUUCGUCCAGUAAUUUGAGGACCAAACAUACAAAUCAUGUAUUACAUUGGGUACUUUAGUGCAUGUUUGCUUAAUGUACAUAUUACUUUUCAUGUUUGUGUGAUUAUCUUGUAUUCUUGUUUAAACCAAAAUAAUGAGAAAAGACUGUAUAACUUAUCGAUUACUAAUCAAUUACACAAGGAGACCAAGUAGGCUACUAUAUAGUGUUUAUGUGUGCAUCAUUAUGAUGGUUGUAUCAUCAAUGCUCCGUAUGUUUCCUGAGCCUCUGUUUUAAAUGGUGAAAGAGAUUAAAUCAAUCUAAUAUUUCAUAAACAAUUGUUUCUUCCAAAUCACAGCACAUUUAUAUCACUUGAAAGUGAGGUGUAAAUGAACUGGGUGGUGUCAUUAAAAAUGUCCAAGUGUUCAGAUGUAUGGAAUGUAACAGAGAGGACAUCAACAUUUUGAACAAACUUGAAUGGUUUAUUCAAGUCAGUCUUUUUCAAAAUACACCAUAGUAAAAAACAGAACAAGUUGUAUUUGUACAUAACAGGAUAAGAAUAGUAUUCAAACCUCCUGUUAGGCAGCAUCAUACUGAUAGUGUUACAGUUAUUUAAACUUCUUUAAAGUGUAAACAACUCCUGUAAACAUCUCACUUAUUUUUAAGUUGAAAACAUCAGCUCACAUUCUUGUUUCUACUGGGGUUGUUACAACCAACUGUAAUAUUAAAGGCGACAUAGACCGAAAGCUCCGAUUAACGCUGCUUUUGUGUGUG